AUGUCGUCUACUGAAUUUCCCCGCAUUCGGGCCUGUCUCUUUGACAUGGACGGCCUUUUGCUCGACACAGAGGAUAGAUAUACCAUAAUGACAAACGAGAUUCUGCAAAUGUACGGCAAGCCUUCUUUGCCGUGGUCCAUCAAGGCUCAAUUGCAAGGAAGACCUGCUCCUGAGUCGAGCAAAAUCUUCCACGAAUGGGCCCAUCUCCCCAUUUCACACGAAGAAUAUUCGCAGAAACAAGUCGAGCUUGCGCCAAAGUACUUUACCGCAUCCAAGCCCUUGCCCGGAGUCGUCAAGCUGCUGAACGACCUUCGCUCGACGGAAAAUACCGACAAGCCGGUGUACAUCGCCUUGGCCACAUCGUCCCACCGAAAGAACUAUAAGCUCAAGACGGACCACUUGGCCGAUCUCUUUGCCCUCUUCCCAGAGCAAAGGAAGGUCCUAGGUGAUGAUCCCCGAAUCGGACAGGGACGUGGGAAACCACUGCCGGACAUUUAUCUGCUUGCGCUUGAGACUAUCAAUGACGAGCUCACAGAGCGAGGAGAAGAACUCAUCAAGCCAGAGGAAUGCCUGGUAUUUGAAGAUGCGGUACCCGGCGUCGAGGCUGGCCGUCGAGCCGGUAUGCAGGUCAUCUGGGCCCCCCAUCCCGGCCUACUGAACGAGUACAAGGGAAGAGAGGAUGAGGUUCUUGCCGGAUUGACCGGACAGCACAAAGAAGAGGAGAAGUCGGAACCGGAAAAGGAGGUCCAGUCUCUACAGGCAGAGAGAUUAACCCGGGGUCAGCACCCUGGCAAACUCGGCACGCUAAAAGAUGGAUGGGCUCAAAUUCUUCCCUCGUUGGAGGAUUUCCCUUAUGAGCGGUAUGGUAUUACAAUCACGUAG